AUGAGGAAGAAGAAGGUGAAAAUCAGGGUAAGCAAGGCGCAGAAGGCCGGUCUGAUCUUACCGGUCGCCCGCAUCGAGCGCUACUUGAGGGCGGGGCAGUGGAACCCGCGGACGAGUCCUCUCUCGGCGGUGUACAUCUCGGCCACCCUGGAGCACAUCCUGCGGCGCAUCCUGGCCCAGUCCAUGGCGUGGGCCGACGCCAUGAAGCGCGUCCGCAUAACGCCGCUCUUCAUCGCGCUCGCCGUCAAGGCCGACCCCGACCUCAAUGAUCUACUCGGAAACACGAUGUUCAAGGACGGCCGCCCAGCAGAGUUCGUGGCCGUCUUUUAA